ACAUCGUGCACGUUAAUUCUAUUCUUCUUUUGGACCACGUGUUCGGUUGGAUCAGGAAAACCAUGGUGGAAGUCAAAGACUCUACGUCCAACUCACAGGCCAUACAGAGGCAGUUCCAAUUAUUCAAAUUAUGGUGGCGCUGGUGUAGGCCGUUUCCAACCAUACCCACAGAGAGGCGGGCGACCUUUUCGAAGGGGUCUCUCAGGUGGCAGUUUUCGAGGACGAGGUGGAUACGGCCAAUCCCCAAGUGGAAAAUAGAUCGAUGACUUCCAAGACAUCGAGACAUCCUGACAUUACCACGCAAUGGACAAGUUCACCCGUUGUCAAAGAGACUCGACUUGGUCGCGGCAGUUGUAUCGGGGAGGCCCUCCGUUGUAGAGGACUUUCAUCAGAGACUACAACCAUCAUCUUGGCUGCCUGGAGAAGAGGAACUCUCAAACAGUAUGAUUCUGCAUGGCGGAAGUGGAUGUCUUGGUGUAUGUGCAGGGAAACUUCUCCCUUUAACUCAUCUGAAGUAACUGUACUUCAAUACUUGGAGCAUUUAAGGUCUAUUAACAAGUCAUACUCUGUGUUGAACACUCAUAAAUCAAUGUUAAUGCAAACAUUACCCUUUUUUGGAAAUAAGUGGUGUAAAGACUGUUUUUUAAUUCAGAAAUUUAUGAAGGGAGUUUUUCAUUCUCGUCCUCCAGUACCUAGAUACCAGUUUGUGUGGGAUGUUACUCUUGUAUUGAAUUUUUUAAAGUCUUUGAAUCCAUUGUGUAAUUUAUCAUUAAAAAUGUUAACAUUUAAAGUGGUUGCACUUUUGGCAUUAGGAAAUGCACCUAGAGCUCAAACUUUGAUUUCUAUGGAUUUGUCUUGUAUGAAAAAAGAAGGGGCUGUGCUUAUUUGUGUGUUUCCUAAUUUAUUGAAAACUACCAAGUUAGGUAGACCUUAUGUUAUGAAGAUUGAACAUUUUAAGGAUGAAAAAUUAUGCAUUUUGCAUUCUUUGUUGUUUUAUAUUAGAGUUACGAAACCACUUAGGAAAUCUUCAAAAUUGUUCAUUUCUUAUGUGACUUAUAAAGCAGUUACAUCUAGUACUAUUGCUAGAUGGCUAAAGAGUGUGUUGGACCUUUCAGGUAUAAACACUGAUUAUUUUAAAGCACAUUCAUUUCGAAGUGCCUCUACAUCAGCUGCAUAUGCAAAAGGUUGUAGACUUAAAGACAUCUUAAGUACAGCUGAUUGGACAUCAGAUAAGAAUUUUAAAAAGUUCUAUUUGAGGGAGUCUGUGGAUUCAAAAAGUUUUGUAAACAGCGUGUUUUCAAAGUAACGUUUAAUUAAAUAUUAGGACGGGAUUUUUCUCUGUUUAUGAAUACUUCAUCAUUAUGACAUUGUUACAGUAAUGUCAAUAAUUGUGGUUGUUAGGCUACAUAUGUUCAUUUUCUUAUUGAAUUUGUUGAUAUUUACAUGUAUCCUACAAAUUUGAUAUUCAAUGAAA